AUGACCAUGCAGAACGUACAGGCUGCUCACAGCACAUCCAAUGCAAGUUGCACACCUCCAGAGCUAGUGACAAGACCAGCAGGAUAUGCAGGAAUUGCUCAGAACGGAACAACAAUCUGCCAGAAAGGAUGGUUUCCAGAAACCUCCAAGCCAGUAACAUGCUCAGAGAGUGGUAUCUUGCAGCCCACUAAAUGCAUAUCUGCAUCUCAGUACCACAAGAAUGAUCUGUAUGUCGUUGUGCCAACAAUCCCCUUUUCCCGUAAUCUGCUGGAGAUGAGUAAUUACAAUGCCACCAAACACUGCAUCGAUACGUAUGGAUAUGAUGCAAGACUGUUGAACUUUCAAAAUGCUUUUGAAGUGGAGACUCUCUCCAUUGUGCUCAAGAAACUUGGUGCUGCCGCCGCCAAAGGCCUGUUCUGGUCUCGACAGUCCGAUCAAGUGUCUUUUGAUAAUCAUUAUGCCUUUGAGGUGAAUGGCAACCAGCUAGGACAUAGUGAGGCCAGGAAUAGUUCGAGGGAGCUUCCAUUUGCCUGUUUAGCCAGAAUAUGUAAUUAUGCUGCGACGGUGGAUAGCACAGGUGUUCUCAAUAUUCCCGAGAAUGGUUCAGCACAGUGUAAACCAGGUCACACACUGAAAAAUCCAGAGCGCGUCUAUUGCCACCAGGGAAACUGGGUCAACUUCCCAAUCUGCGAACUCAAUCCACCUGCAAGCGGUUACCGUGCAGACUGCGUGGUCAAUGGAGCCAAUAACCUUUUGGGAGCGUACCAGCAGGUUUACAGAGAUGGGUCUGUUGUUUGCAGAGCAGGCCACAGUAAUGUACCACAGGGCACGCCGUACUGCACGACUAUUAUAGGACUAGUACACUGGUGGCAUAAGAUUGACAAAUGUGUUCCAACAUUCCAUUGGUUACGAGAAUCCGUGUACGCCAUUGACAGGACAGGACAUGUAUCCGUAGCGACCAUCAGAUCUGAUUGUCAGAAGCGAAAUGGAACACUGCCAUACUCAACCCUGGACCUACCGUUGAACGGGAGUGACUUGGCGUGGGGACCAAAUUGGGCAGUAUUUGGGGACAUCUCUAUCUUCUAUGUAGAUUAUGGAGUAAUCAGUUCGCGAUCCUACGCUGACAAUGUCUACCCCGCUAAUUUGAUGUUCUUGUGCAUAAUUGAAUGCAGAGUUGAUGAAGCGCAGCUCAAUCUACUCGGAUACCGAUCCAUUAGCAAGGAUCUGCAUGUUACAUGUGAGACAGGCUAUCAACUUCACACCCUCAAGGAAGAAGUGGCCUGCGGGCCGGAUGGCAUCUGGAAGAAUUUACCACGUUGCAUAAGGAACAUCAUAUAGGAGACAACGGACCUCUUCUUCUGCAAUGUGGAUGGAUACUCCCAAUAGAAAUGAGUAUGCCCGGUGUGGAUGAGCAUUCCCAAUGCAGAUGACUAUUCCAGAAUGAAUGCUCUCUUUCU